AUGAACGGACUGACGGACAACGCUAAGUGCGGCAAGUCAGGCAGGGAGAGGCAAAGGUCCAGCUCAGAAGCCUAUGGGAAACCACGAAAGCGUCACCCCAAGGAGGAGUGGAGAAUGAAAUACUGGUCCCCGGAGCUGGGAAGGAAGGGGCUGGAGGAGGACUGGAAUGGGCGGCGAACCGCACACCCCGGGAGCCCGGGCGGCUUUCCCGACCCCCGUCCGCGGCCCCGGCGGGCGCGACGCCCCCCGCGGUCGGGAGGCUUCCAGCGCCCGGUCGGGAUCUGCGACCUGGGGUCGCCGUCCAAAGCGCCGGCGGGACCCCGCGCCAGGCGGCCACGGCGCCCCCCCCCCCCGCAUCCCCGCCGGGGUUCCCGGGGCCCCAGCGGCCGGGGUCAACGAGACCUGAGGCGGUCCCGGGGCGCGGUCCCGGGGCGGGGACGGGAAAGUCCGGGGUCCCGCACCGCGCCCGCCAGGUGUGACACGGCGCGGGGGAGCCAGGCCCGCGGCCCCCGCUCCCCGCCCCCCGCCUCCCGCCCGGCCCCGGCCGCGCCCGCCGCGCCGCCGCCCGGCUCCCCCGCGGCCGGGCCCGGCACGCAGCGGUCCCCGCGCGGGCCGGUGCGGGCUGGCGGCGCGGUGUCAGGGCCGAGCGGCGGCGCGGCCGGGCCCCCGGUGGCGGCUCACCUGGGCCCGCGGCGCGGCGGGCGGAGCGGCGGGCGGCGGCGCGGCGGGCGCUGGACUGCGCGGGAGGCGGCGAGGACCGCGGGAAGAGGAAGGCGCCGCCGGCGCGGCCGCGGCGUGGGCGCCGUGACGUCACAAUGGCGCCGCCGGCCAAUCGCGAGCGGGUCCCGCGCUAUGAGGUCAUGCGCGGCCCGGCCAAUCCCCGCGGGGGAGAGCGUCGGUGCCGGUCCGUUCCGGGGGCCGGGGGCGCGGGCCGGGGCGCGCGGCGGUCCCGCGUCCGGGCCGGCUUUCCCCCGGGCUUCCCGCAAGACCCGCGUGGGGCGCCGUCUGCGCGCUGGCCGCGGUGGCGUUCGCGGUCCUGGGGCGGGAGAUCUGCGCGGGGUCUCCCUCGGGCCCCCACCCCCUCGGCGGCCCCCACCCCCCUCGGCGGCCCCCCACCCCCUCGGCGGCCCCCACCCCCCUCGGCGGCCCCCACCCCCUCGGCGGCCCCCACCCCCUCGGGCCCCCACCCCCUCGGCGGCCCCCACCCCCCUCGGCGGCCCCCACCCCCUCGGCGGUCCCCACCCCCUCGGCGGCCCCCACCCCCUCGGCGGCCCCCACCCCCUCGGCGGCCCCCACCCCCUCGGGCCCCCACCCCCUCGGCGGCCCCCACCCCCUCGGCGGCCCCCACCCCCUCGGGCCCCCACCCCCUCGGCGGCCCCCACCCCCUCGGCGGCCCCCACCCCCUCGGCGGCCCCCACCCCCUCGGGCCCCCACCCCCUCGGCGGCCCCCACCCCCUCGGGCCCCCACCCCCUCGGCGGCCCCCACCCUCGUCGGGCCCCCACCCCCUCGGGCCCCCCCACUCUCUUUGGGCCCCCACCCCCUCGGGCCCCCCACUCUCUUCGGGCCCCCACCCCCUCGGGCCCCCCCACUCUCUUCGGGCCCCCACCCCCUCGGGCCCCCCCACUCUCUUCGGGCCCCCACCCCCUCGGGCCCCCGGAGGCGCCCCAGCCCCUGGGCGAUGGAUCAUCUAG